AUGGCAGCUCUGAGACUCUUGCGUCUGAAAGCCUGGCUUCGGAUUCCGAGCGGGUGUGGGUUUGCGUCGCUUGCGCCAAAGCUGCCGCGACAUCGUUCCCCGACUGCACGCCGGAAGCCGAAGGCAACAGAAGAAGGAGCCGACGAACAGGCAGAGGCUGGCCGGCUACCCGAGUGGCUCUUCGAAGAUCGCCCGGUCUGGCUGCAGGCCUUGCUCGUGUUCUUGCGAGAGCCGGAUCUCGUCAUGGUUCGUCUUGGAGGCGGGGGCAAAAGGAUGGGCCGACGCCCAGCAGCGGGCAGCCUCCCGGAGCUCAAGGAGCUCCUCCUACCCGAGGAUCAGCUUCGGGACUGGGCGCGCGCGGAGUUGCAGGAGGCGGCAGAUUCCGGUCGCAAGGUCAGGGCCGUCGCUGUGCUGGCGACGGAGGCGGACCAGGCGGCUGAUGCGGUGGAGGUCCUCCGCUCGAUGGGCUUCAAGCGAGUCGCCAAUCUGCGCACAAAGGCGUUUCUGCAGCAGCUGCAAUCCCUUCCUCUGAGCGAGUGA